GCGCUCUAGCAGUCAUCGGUCGUCACUGACUCACCACUAGGAAGCUGUCGCCAUCGAUCAGGCCGCCGAGCCAUCUGGAGUUUUGUGGAUUCGAACCCAGCUCUCUUCUAAACUGAAGGACUAGCCGUUGUCUUGUCCCACUUUUGAGCAUUCACAUGGAUCCCGCUACUUGUUUUAUUGAAAAGCUUCUAGAAAAGCUUCUAGAUUAUACAAUAAAUGCCUUGGGACGGCAAGUUGGCUACAUGAUUUUCUAUCGCAACAACAUUGAUGAGCUAAGGAGUCAAAUGCAAGAUCUCAAUCAAAAGCAAGAAGCUAUGCAACAUUUAAUCGACGAGGCUAUAAGAAAUUGUGAAAGAAUUGAACUGCAAGUUGAAAGUUGGAUGAGUGGAGUGGAUGAUAUAAAAAUGCAAGCAGAACAAUUCUUUAAUGAAGAAGGCCAAUCACAAACUAGAUGUAGCAGAACUUCAUGCCCAAAUUUAUGUUCAUGUUAUCAACUGAGUAGAAGAGCAAAGAAGAUGGCACUGAAAGUCAAAGACCUUGCAAAGAAAAAGAAAGACUUAAACAAAGUUUCACAUCUUCCUUCUCCCAAAUGCAGGCACUUAAUAGAUGACAAAAUGAAUGAAGGGCUUGAUUCAAGGUUGCAAAUUAUAGAUCAAGUUAUGGAGGCAUUGCGAAAUUCGAGCAUUAAUAUGGUCGGGUUGUGUGGGCUUGGUGGCAUUGGCAAGACCACAAUAGCUAAAGAGGUAGCAAAGAAGUUGGAGAAUAAAAAAAUGUUUAGGAAGGUGAUCAUGGUAACUAUUUCUAAGGACAUGAAUAUUGUAGAAAUUCAAAGGCAGAUUGUUGAGAUGUUGGGUAUGCGACUCGAGGAAGUAAAUGAAGAAGUAAGAUCUUCUCGUCUUUUUGAUAGGUUGAAGCAAGAGGAGAAUAUGCUCCCAAUAUUGGAUGAUCUUUGGGGAGAACUUGAUUUUGGAAAAGUUGGAAUUCCCUUUAUUGGGGACAAAAAUAAUAACAAAAAGAAUGAAGGUUGCAAAAUCUUACUGACUUCAAGAAAUAAAACACUACUUUCAGACGUAAUGAAAUGUGAAAAGAUCAUCGGAGUGGGUGUUUUGCAAGAAGAAGAAGCACAGGAGUUGUUCAAGAGGAUUGCUGAACUUUCUAUUGAAUCAAGCAAUCCUGGUUUGAUGUCUAUAGCCGGUGAGAUUGUUCAAAAGUGUGGAGGGUUGCCGCUAGCAAUUGUUACAGCUGCAAAAGCAUUGAGGAAUAAAGAUCAAAAUAUAUGGGAAGAUGCCCUUACACGAUUGAGAAAUCCUUUACGGAGAAACAUCACAGGAAUUAAAGAGGUGGAUCAGAUUUUAAGGUUGAGCUACGAUCAGCUAACCAAAGAGAACCAACAUAUUUUCUUGUUCUCAUCCAUGUUGUCUCAUGAUCCCUUAAUUCAAGACUUGCUCAUGUACUCUGUGGGGUUAGGUUUUCUUAAACACAUUGAAAACAUGGAAGAUGCUCGAGUCGGAAUAUCUGCUGUUGUAAGUAAGCUAAAAUCAUUGAAUUUAUUUCUUGAUAGCUUUUCUAGUCAACAUUUUACCAUCCAUGAUGUCAUUCGGGAUGUUGCACUAUCUAUUGCAUCCAAUGAAUUAUGUGCCUUCAUUUGGAGACAUAAAAGGUUGAAUGCAUGGCCAGAGCAGAAUUUGCUAGAAGGCUACAAGGGAAUUUGCUUAGAAAAAAGUGACAUUAGGGAUCUUCCAGAAGAGUUACUUGCUCCAAGGUUAGAAUUCUUCCUAUUAAAUAGUGAAAAUCGUGAUUUGGCCAUACCGGAUACCUUUUUCAAAUCUACAAAAGAUCUUAAAUUGUUGAGUUUUAUCAAUGUGUGCUUUUCAUCAUUGCCAUUUCUUAAUUCUCUAAAAAAGCUCAAAACUUUAUGCCUCCAUUCUUGUUUGUUGAAAGACAUGACUCAGGUUGGAAGCUUGAAGCAAUUAACAACCUUGAGUCUUGCUUAUUCUGAAAUUGAACAUUUGCCAUUUGAAUUGGCGAUGUUGACUUCAUUACAAAUGCUAAAUCUAGCCCAUUGCACUAAACUUAAAGUGAUUCCACCAAAACUCCUAUCUAGCUGGGAAAAAUUGGAGGUUCUGAGCAUGGAAAACAGCUUUAACCAGUGGGAAGCCAAAGGAUCGAGUGAAUGUAAUGUAAAUGCAAGUCUUGUUGAGUUAAAGGACUUGCCAAUCUCUUCUCUAGAUAUUUGUAUUCCUGAUCCCUCUAUUUUGCCAGAGAAUUUGUUCUCAGAUAAGAAAUUGAAGAGAUACAGAAUAAUUAUUGGAGAGAAUUGGAGAUGGGAUUGCAAUCACGAAACUUCAAAGACAUUGAAACUUGAGCUAAAUGAAAAUGUCCAUUCGAAGCAUGGGGUUCAGAAGUUAUUGGAAGGAGUUGAAGAUUUGUAUUUGUGUGGAUCCAAUGGUCUUGAACAUGUUCUUCACAAUAGAUUUCCAUAUUUAAGGCAUCUUCAGAUUAAAAGUAAUGACGAUGUUGAAUAUAUUGUUUUGAGCUCAACCCAUCAAGAAGUUGCCCUCCCAAUGCUUGAAACUUUGAACCUUGAAAAGUUGAAUGUGCUAAAGAAGUUAUGUCAAGGACCAAUUGCGCCCACCUUCUUCCAAAACCUAAAAGUAAUCAAAGUGAGUGGUUGUCAACAGUUGAAGUGGAUUUUCUCAGCUUCAAUGAUUGGAUCAUUUUCGCAGCUUGUUGAGAUUGAAAUUAGAGAUUGUGACUCUUUGAAAGAGGUAGUGACAUCUGCUAUUGAAGACUCAUCUGAUCAGCCAAAAUUUGCUAAUGACGUCAUUGUUUUCAAGAAGUUACGCACUUUGAAGAUGGAAAGAUUGCCAGUUCUUAUAGAUUUCUACAUGCAGGGUAGAGCAGCAAAUAACCAUUAUAAUACAGCUUCGAAAUCACUCUUCAACAAUAAGGUGUUAUUUCAGAUGUUGGAGCUAUUGGAACUGUCAGAUUUAGACAAUUUGAUUUCAUCUAUAUGGAAUGAUCAGCCUUCCGACAGCUCGUUUAGUAACUUGAAAAGACUAGAUGUGGAUAGCUGUGGCUUUGUGGUGUUAUUUCCGAUGUUGGAGCGAUUGGAACUGUCAGAUUUAGACAAUUUGACUUCAUCUAGAUGGAAUGAUCAGCUUUUUGACAGCUCAGUUAGUAACUUGAAAAGACUAUUUGUGUGGUCGUGUGGCUUUGUGAUAUUAGUGCCCUUCCAAGUUCUAAGAUCCUUGCAUAGUUUGGAAGAACUAGAAGUGGAAGAGUGUGAGAAGUUGGAGGUGGUGUUUGAUUUAGAAGAUUUGAAUGAUUGUAAAGAGCCACAAUCAUCAUCAGUGGUUGUGCCAUUGAAGAAGUUACGACUAUCUAGGUUGCCAAAACUGAAGAAUGUGUGGGGCAAGCACCACCAAGAAAAUGUCUCCUUCCAAAGUCUAAGGCAGAUAGAAGUAUUGUUUUGUGAAAGCCUAACGAGUGUGUUUCCUGCAUCUAUAGCCAGAGGCAUGCUUCAUUGUCUUGAACAACUUGUAGUUCGAAAUUGUGCUGAUAUGGAAGUAAUUGUUGCAAAGGAUCAAGUUUCAGAAUCUCUUGAUGCUGCCUUUGUGCGUCCUAGGCUGACUUCCCUUGAGCUUUUUGACCUUCCAAAUUUGAGGAACUUCUAUGCACAAAGACACAAAUUAGAAUGGCCCAACGUUCAACAGUUAGAGACUGACGCUUGUGGUGAAAUACAGAUAUUUGAAAAGGUCUCAAGUUCAUCAGAAAUACAUGGGGAAGAGAGUACAAUAGACUCAAUAUAUCCUCUGCUCUCCUGCAACAAGGAUGAUCGAUUCUUAGUCAACUUGUUUAGUAACUUGAAAGAACUAUUUGUGGAGAGGUGUGGCUUUGUGAUUUUAGUGCCCCUUCAACUUCUAAAAUCCUUACAUAGUUUGGAAGAACUAACAGUGAAUAAGUGUGAGGAGUUGGAGGUGGUGUUUGAUUUAGAAGACUUGAAUGAUUGUGAAAGAGACAAUCAUCAUCAGUGGUUGUGCCAUUGAAGAAGUUAAUACUAGAGGAUUUGCCAAAACUGAAGAAUGUAUGGAGCAAUCACCAUCGAGGAAAUGUCUCCUUCCAAACUUCAAGGCAGAUUGAUUCAAAAUAUCCUCUGCAUUCUCGCAACAAGGAUGAUCGAUUUUCAGUCAACCUGUUUAGUAACUUGAAAGAACUAGUUGUGGAGAGGUGUGGUUCUAUGAGAUUAGUGCCCUUCCAAGUUAUAAGAUCCUUAAACAGUUUGGAAGAACUACAAGUGACAGAUUGUGAGAAG